AUGAAUAGCACCAGACACCAGCCUCUGUUCUUUGUCAGUCUGCCUGAGCUGCAGAAACUCUGUGCUGCUACGGUAACACUGAGUUCUCAGAUACCAGAAUCUGAGGCAAGGAGUACACAGAUAAAGACUUGCAGACAAUUAUUGUUCCGGUAUCAAGAGAUCCUUUCUGCACCUGUUAUGGGGACACUGAAUCAAAUUUCAGUUGUGAUGGCGAAACCAUUUUACGAAUCAGGAAUAUGUCAAGCCUAUGUAGAGAGACACAGAGCUACUCUGGAAGCACCACAAACAGUUACUCCAGAUCUUCUCCAGACCUGUCUGUCUUACACACUUACAGCCAGACUUGCACCCACAUGGAACAAGGCUGGUCAUCUCUUGGUGCAAGGGAAAGACUUUUUGUCUCAUUCAGGAAGGCAAAAUGCUGUUGUUAUAGACCUCAAUGUGUCAGAGAGACAGCUUUGCAUCGGUGUGGAGCCUUGCUCCAUUCGGCUGCCACCCCCCAAGCUGGGAGAUUUUGAUGUUUCAGCAAACACCAUAAAGCUGUUUGACAGCAAUGAAAAUACAGUUAUUCAGCAACAUUCCAUAUUAAGUAACUGGUGUUAUGUUUUGCCAAGCAUGAAAAUGGGUCAGAUCAUAAACAUCAGCCACAUAAUUCCUCCAGAAUCUCCUUUCCAUUCAUAUAAGGAUUUUCAGAUGCACUGGAAGAGUCUGUAUGGAUAUAUUCUUCCUGAGGAUCUCGAAGAGACAAAAAUAUACUUGAGUGUUUACUUCAAACCAAUAGGGGAAAGGUUCUUCACGUACCCUUUAAGUUGUAUCCGAAGUCAGCCAGUGCAGUAUUUCCCCAGAACAGACGCAGAAAGUGUAGUGAACUCUUUUCUUGCUGACAUGAAGAGCAAUUUUUCACAGCUGUGUGGAUUUCCAGUAAAGAUUUCAAGUAAAGCACUUUAUGUUACAAAGGAACUCUCCAGGGCUUCAGUGCAAGAAAUAAAGCCAAAGCACCCGAAAUUGGACGGUGAAAUGGUUUGUGCAGUAUCUCUAACGCAGACUCCUCCAAGAAAACCGACUUUGCCUGGAAUUCCUUCAGCGUGCAGUACGGAAAACAGCCACUGGAUGGAGCGUUUGAUCAAAGAGCCGGGAACACACAGUAUUUCGAGUAGCAGUAAGAGUACAGGAGGGGCUAGCACUGAAGUAACAGAGAAAUCAAUUGGCAAUAAGCAAAUUCCAGGCCUACCAGGAUUACCAACUGGAAAAUCUUUAGGAACACCUGUAAACUCAGCCUUUGAAUCCACGCCCCCAAAAGUCAGCAAAAUUAUACCAAUUUUCAAAGGAAAGUUGAUGCAAAUGAAUGGAAAGAUCACAAAUCAAACAGAGAGGAAGAAAAGGGAAAAUGCUGAAAGGCAUUCACCAGUAAAAAGUGUGGGUAUUUCACCUUCUAUGCUGUCUAUGCACAAAUCCAGCAUAACUCAGGUUUUCAAACACGUUCAAAAUAUGUCAGUCAAAACUCCUACUGACAGCAGCGUGCUCCAGGUAAAGAAUACGAAGACACACACAAAACAUGGUACACCCAUAUUCCGAUGGAAAACCCAGUGUAGUGAACAAAUUGCUAACUCUGAAUUUUCUGAAAACUCAACUUCAGGUGGGAAUCCAAGUGAAGUCAAUCAUAAAAAGGCAAAUUCUCCAUUCUUUCUUAAGAAUGUUGGGCCAGUGCUUCAGAAAUCAAACACCAGCCUGUGUAUGAAUAUACAUGACUCUCCUACUUCCGGUGCAAGAAGGGGGAAAAAGUUUGCAAGUCAAAAUACUACUGAAUUUCUUGAGAAACACCACCAGUCAAAGGAAGUGCAUUUGCAGAUUUGUAAAUUAGACAAUGAAAUGACAAAUUCCAGUUUGUCACUGCAACAAAGAAAGAGAUCAAAUAAAGGAACUGGGUUAAAUAUUCAUGAAUCUGUCUUCAAAGUUACAGUGUGCAUGGCCAAAAGUGAAGGAAACAAAGCAGCUUGCCACUCUAAGGACUGUACUGCUGAGACAACCAGUCAUCAUUCCAAACCUAACUUUGAACAGAUGAUGACAGGGAACAAGUAUCUGACAUGUGAAACAUUGUCCUCGAAACCAGCUUUGCCAGUCAAGGAGAGCAACAUGGAAGCAUCUGUAAAGAAAGGUUGUGCUGGAAAAAGACAGAAAGAAGAAGGUUAUUCAAAGUUAAAGAGAGCCAAAAGAAGUAAAACUUCUACUUAAGGUGUUCUGGAGCAUUGAAAGAAAACUCUGGGUUCCCAAGAGAGCAGUAACAUACUUGAGAAUCUCUGAACUUUGUGUAUUUUGCUGUUUGUCAUUGGUACCUGUGUCUGGAUGAAAAUUUGAGGGUUAAAUACAGUCAAGUGAAUCCAUGUAUCACCAACUUCUUCAGACAGUUCAGGUUAAUAAGCCUCUAACGCAUUUGAAAAUUUAACUAAAUUGUUUCAUUUUUUAAUCAUAUUAUAUAUGUCCUGCUAUUGCUUACACAGUUAAUUAUUCUUCCAAAUUAUCUUGUUGCUUCUAGUUGGGUUUUUAAAGAUAAAAUAUUUAAUUCUUUGUUACAGUGUCUGGGCCAGUUUGAUUCUCUGCAAAAAAUUUCCAAAUAAGUUUUCCUUGUCAAGUCAAAUGAUUGGACUAUAAACAAUUUUAUUCCUACAUGAAUAAUUUAUAGGCUGGAUUUGACUCAAGCUUCAUUAGUUCUUUUUGUAACUUUUCAUGACUUUUCAGAUAUGAAACCACUCUGUAAAAGAUUUUUUUAAGUUUAAUUGACAACCCCAUUCUUCAGGAGUUCAUAGACAACCUGUAGUUGCCCUUUGAGUUAUUUUGUUGCCCUAAGUGUGACUUCAGUGACUUACUUCAACAUGCAGAUACAUUUAUAAGAUUGUUGCCUCAUAAUCACUGCUUUGAAGUGAAUAUUAUUGUGUUACGUGGAAAAUAGCUCUUAAAUUCAAACAUUACAGCAUGGUGGUUUAACACUUGUUUUGGACAUACAUUUGCAAAUAAUUUUUUUCUAAAGGGAUUAAUUCAAUGGGACUUUAUGCACUUCAUGAAAUGUUUUGUUUUUUUUUUUUUUUUAAGGUUUAUAUUGCAGUAGCUGUAUUUCUCUUCACUUAUUUUUCCAAGCUGUAUUUUGUCCUGCUACUAUGACAACUUUUGUUUUGUUUGGUUUGGUUUGGUUUGGUUUUUGCUUGAAUGGUUACCGUCAACACGGCUCUAAUUUCAUGGUGCCAGUGUUUAAAAGAGAGUUCUUCAACAUGUCAUUUUGUCAUACGUAAUUUAAAAAAAAACAACAACAAUAACAAAAAAAGCAAAAACAAAAACAAAAACAAAAACCAAAAAAAAAAAAAAAAACAACUACAAGCCAAGACAAAUAAUAAAAGAAGUUAAUGCAAUAUGACCAGCAAGAAGUCAAAUUAUAGUUACAGUUUGUCUGGAAGCUGGUAUACAAGGCUACUUUUCAAAUGCUGUGGUUUCAAUGUAUGCGACUGAUCUUUCUUCUGUCCUGGAAAAGCCUGUAGAGUAGAAAUUAGCAAUGCUAUAUAGAUUAGUGCUUUGCCUGAUCUGUUUCAUAUUGUUGCUUUUAAAAUACUGCUGGUUGCCAACAUUUGUCUUGUGUUAUCACAGAAGUAAUUUUGCACUAGUUUUGCAUUUUUGAAUGUUUACAUCAUUUUGUGUUAUCAGUUCUAAAACUCAAAAUACAGAAAAACUUAUU